UCCUGUACAGCAGUCGCUCACCACACAUACAUCGUGCCAUAAUCUCAUUGUUUCGCAGGCCUGGAAGCCUCUUCUCAAUAGGCCAUUGAGUCGACUAGAAGCCUCGGCCUAGAAGCCUCUUCUCCCAGGAUCGCACCAUUUCUUCGCCAUGGCGGGCGCCGACAUGCUUCCGCUCCCGCCGCAUUUCCACCCGCUUCAGGCGCUCGUCCCAUCGCUGUUCACCCCCGCCGUCCUCUCGCUGCCAGCUCAGCAGCUCGCCGAGUCGCUUUUCGACGUCGCGGGAUUCGCGCUCUUCGCGUCGUUCUACGCGUACGCGAUCUCGUUCGUGUUCCCGUGCCCGCCGCACAAGCCGCUGAUGCUCGGCGAGAUAAACUCACGAAUGAAGAGGUACAUCCAGCUCGCAGGGGUCGUCGGUGUGCUGUGGCCAGCAGCCAUCAUAGCAUCGGGGUUCUUCCUUCGCCACGCCGUUCCCGAGUACACAUGGGGCCUCUCCCUCGUGCUGCCUGACGCCCUGCUACUUGUCAUCCAGAUCAUAUCAGAGAAAAUCUCCAUGAAGACGAAGCAAUCGCUGCCAGUCAAAGCUCUUAUCCCCCCUCUCUACAACGGCCGCCGCAUGUUCUCGCUUUACAAGUGGCUCGUCCACUCGGCCUUCGUCUUCCUCCCCCUCGUGGGUUCAAGCACCGCAAUGGAAGGCAGUCAGAGUUCAACACGGCUGCUGUGGCUGGGCAUGCUGUUUGCAGCCGCAGCUGUGAACUACCUGCUGUGGGCCUACAACGUCUUCUGCUUCCUGCUGCCUACUGUCGUCCCUCGCAUCUUCGAAUGGGACGUUGCCUCAAGAGCAGCAGGUGCUGGCUCAAGUGCAGACAAAGGUUCGAAGUCGGAAUAAGUUUUAGGAUAAUAUGUUUAAUUAUUAGGUUUUCCUAGGGUAAUGAUUGGAGGAAAUAAGGCAUGCUGAUGUUGCCUUGAGAGUAGCAGCUGGUGUCUGGUCUGGAGUGGAGAUCAGAAAAUGGCGCAGGAGGUUCGAAAGGUGCAUGAAGUGGGAGGCGAAGGUUGCUAUACCAUGUUUUCGCUUUAGUGGGCGAUCCUGGUAGUGUCUCUGAUUGUAAAAACUGUGUUAUUGAGAAACAUGUUCUAUUAUCCAUAACCAG